AUGGAGACAAUGUUGGUAUCGUCGCCUGUGAAAAAGCGGAAGAAUAAAGAUGAAGACCACAAGUUGUCGAAAAAGCGAAAACACCAUGAUCCCGGCACACACUCCAGUCCCGAACACAAGAAAAAGGAGAAGCAUCACCGCAAACACAAAAGCAAUGCUGAGCCACUACAUCCAGAAUUCUCCUUGGAGCAUACGAAACCUCUCAGCAAGUCGCAAGGCUCUCAAGCCGACUCCCAAGACCCCAUAGAUUCCUCGCCUUUCCACCUCGUCGAAACGACAUUAUACCUACCUCUCUCGCCGAUCUCAAUCUCUCCCACUCACGCUCUCUCAUGCUUGAUAUCCGAACACGUUGCGCCACUACUAUUAACUUACUAUCCACCGGUCCGAGGAAUAGUCCUUGCCUUCUCUAACCCGUCAAUCUCAUCCACACCUCCCCACCCUUCAUCAAGCUCCCACCAAAGCGCUACAACUCCGCAACCGCUUACUCUCGCCGUAACUGCUGGCGAAUACGGCGUCCUGUACGUUUAUCUAACGAUCACCUUACUCGUCUUUCGCCCGGAGCGCGGCCAGACUCUAGAGGGAUGGAUAAACGUGCAAUCGGAAGGUUUCCUGGGCGCCGUCGUUCUCAAUCUCUUCUCCGUCGGAAUCGAACGCAAACGGCUCCCCCCAGACUGGAAAUGGGUAGCUCCCGGCCAGCAACCGGAAUCAACACCGACCAUGACCCAGGACGAAGAUGAUUCCGACACCAACUCAGAUACGGAAAAUUUUCGCCCGCUUAAAGGCGAUAAACAUAUUCCCGAUGAGCAUGAUGAUGAGGCGUCUGCAGCGAUGGGGUAUUUCCAGACGCGUUCUGGGAAACGGGUUCGUGGGAUGAUUAAGUUCCGUGUGAGGGAUGUGGAUGUAAUUCCCGGCAGCGAGUGGGAUAAGGGCUUCCUUAGUCUUGAAGGAACAAUGUUGAGCCCGGUGGAAGAAGGAAAGCUGAUUACAGAAGAGAAGAGACGGAUUUUGGGGUAUCAAAAAGGCGUGACUAUCGUUCAGAGCAGUGAUGGUGAUGUGGAGAUGUCUGGAGGCCUCGUGGCCGAAGAAAGUCGCGACGAUCGCGCAGCAGGGAGUGCGGAGAAAGAGAAGAAGAAGAGAAAGAAAAAGUCGAAGCAAUAG